AUGCGGCCUAAUCCCUUGGUUCCCGAUCCCACUUGUGACUUGCAUUGGGGCGAGUUCCGUGGAGCAAUCCAUGACAUAUUUGCAGACAAUGCAAAGCGAGUGCCCGAUAGACAAUGUGUCAUUGAGACUAGAAGUUCACGAAGUCCCGAGCGCACUUUCACAUACCGCCAGAUCAACCAGGCCUCCAACCAAAUAGCACAUCACCUCAUCGCUCAUGGCUGCAAUGUAGGCGAUGUUGUCGUCAUUUAUGCCUACCGAGGAGUCGACCUCGUCGUUGCCUAUAUGGGUGCCCUCAAGGCCGGCGCAACCGUCAGCGUCCUCGAUCCUCAAUAUCCUGCAGAGCGCCAGAAGGUUCUAUUGGGCGUUUCGCGACCCAAUUUUCUCAUCUACAUCCAAAGAGCCAUUGAAGAGUUUGGUCAACUUCCCGACAUUGUCAGUGAAUUCAUUGCCACCAGCCUGCACGUCAAGGCCACGAUUCCGUCGUUACAUCUUUCAGAUAGCGGCCAUAUAACAGGAGGCUCUUUCGAAGGUGAAGACUGCCUCGCAGCUCAGGCACCUCUCAAAGAACACCAUCCUGGUGUUAUUGUUGGCCCUGACUCUAUUCCUACGCUUUCAUAUACUUCUGGUACCGAAGGAAUCCCGAAAGGAGUGCAAGGGCGACAUUACUCGCUGACGUACUACACGCCAUGGAUGGCGGAGAGGUUCGGCCUUUCAGAGAAUGACAGAUUCACGAUGCUUAGUGGUAUAGCACACGACCCCAUUCAAAGGGAUAUCUUCACUCCGCUCUUCCUAGGCGCAACUCUCCUUGUGCCACCAGCCGAAGUUAUCACCUACGGACUUCUAGCUGAGUGGAUGUAUGAGCACAAGCCCACGGUUACUCACCUUACACCUGCCGUGGGCCAGAUCUGCGUUGGUGGCGCCACUACUCAGUUCCCAUCACUUAGAAGGGCAUUCUUUGUGGGCGAUAUUCUGACUAAGAGGGACUGUCGAAAGUUGCUCGAUCUUGCACCCAAUACGAGGGUGAUAAAUCUCUUUGGAUCCACUGAAUCACAACGUGCUGUCUCCUUCUUUGAGAUACUCAGCAAAGCUGAGGACCCGAACUUCCUGGACUCGUUGCCGGAUAUCAUCCCCGUUGGCCAGGGCAUGCUGAACGUCCAGCUGCUGGUAGUCGACCUCCAGGACAGGAAUAGGCUCUGCGAUGUUGGUGAGCCUGGUGAACUGUUCAUUCGUGCCGCGGGCCUUGCGGAAAAUUACCGUGGGGAUGAUGAGAAGACUCUGGAACUGAAUCGGUCUAAAUUCGUGACGAACUGGUUUGUUGAUCCAGCCCAGUGGGUUCGAGAGUCUUCCGUCACUCCGGGUUAUAAGGGCGCACGAGACCGCCUGUAUCGAACUGGUGACUUGGGUCGGAUGCGUGAGGAUGGGAAUGUUGAGUGUAUAGGGCGGAUCGAUACGCAAGUUAAAAUUCGCGGCUUCCGGAUAGAGCUUAGCGAGAUUGACGUCACCCUGUCCCAGCACCCAUACAUACGCGAUAACAUCACGAUUGUGCGGAGAGACAAGAAUGAAGAGCAGACUCUUGUCACAUAUUUUGUCCCUGAGACGAAGCGGUGGUUUGAGCAUCUCCAGUCGCAAGAUCAGCCAGAUCUUGUUGAGCAAGAGAUUGAGUUUGAGACAAUGGCAGGUAUGCUCAGGCGGUUCAAGCUUCUCUCUGACGACUGCAAAAACUUCUUAGCCGCCAAGGUUCCGAGCUACGCUGUUCCACGCAUUUUCAUCCCUCUGGCCCGGAUGCCGCUCAAUCCGAACGGGAAGAUCGACAAACCAGCGCUCCCUUUCCCUGACCCAGCUGAUCUUCUGUCGGUUGCUAAAAGGAGAGCCUCAUCAGUUAUUAGCAAUAUGACUGACACCCAGAAAAGACUGGCUGCAGUGUGGGCUUCGGUUCUCCCUAAUCGCUCUGCCCGAAUGUUUGUCCCGUCUUCAAACUUCUUUGACGAGGGUGGCCAUUCUAUCCUCGCGCAGCAGAUGUUUUUUCUUAUCAAGAGUGAAUGGAAGGGCAUUCAUCUGCCAGUCACUAUCAUCUUUCGUUCCCAGACUCUUCAAGCCCUCGCUACAGAGAUCGACAGAGCUCUGGACCCCAUUGGCCUACGGUUAGACGCUGUGCCUAUACCUGAAGACGGAGAAGCUAAGGAUGAAGCAUACGCAGCGGAUGCAAAGGAGCUACUGUCCCAGCUCCCGGACACCAUCCCGCAGGCGCCAUUGACGUGGGACUAUACCAAGUCGCGACCUACCGUACUCCUAACCGGUGCCACCGGUUUUCUUGGGGCUUACAUCCUACGUGAGCUUCUUGAAGGCCCAGCAAAGGCGCAUGUUAUUGUCCACGUGCGCGCGGACGACGCAGCAGCAGGCUUCUCAAGGGUAAAGUCCACAAUGAUGGCCUACGGUCUUUGGUCCCCAGACUGGUUGUCUAGGAUCGAGGCAGUGGUAGGAGAUUUGUCCAGGUCUUCUCUUGGCUUGCUCGAGGAUACAUGGCAGCGCCUCUCUAAGACCGUUGACCUUGUUGUGCACAAUGGUGCCCAAGCUCAGGGCGCCUAA